AUGGCUGCUGUAUUUCCAAGAACCUGUUACAAGUGUGGUGAAGCUGGUCACUUAGCUGACGAAUGUACCCAAGAAGAAAGAUUAUGUUACAACUGUCAUCAACCAGGUCAUGAAUCUGGUGACUGCCCAGAACCAAAACAACCAACUUCUAAGCAAUGUUACUCUUGUGGUGAUGUUGGUCACGUCCAAUCAGAAUGUCCAAACCAAUCUCAAGGUACCAAGUGUUACAACUGUGGUCAAUUUGGUCACAUUUCUAAAAACUGUGAUUCCGCUCCUUCCAGUAGUGCUAGACCAGUCAGAAAAACUUUUGGUGGUGCUGGUGCUGGUGGUGCUAGAGCUGGCACUACUUGUUACAAGUGUGGUGGUCCAAACCAUUUUGCCAGAGACUGUCAAGCUGCCACUGUCAAGUGUUACGCUUGUGGUAAGACUGGUCACAUCUCCAAGGAUUGUAAUUCUACUGCCGGUGGUUCCAACUAUGGUUCAAAGACUUGUUACAACUGUGGUAAGUCUGGUCACAUUUCUAAGGACUGUGACGCUUAA